UACAAAAAUAAAACUGAACAAACGAAGAAACUAUAAUGGAGUGAGACACAAUCCACCAUUCCACCUAGAUUUGCAGAGAGCUUUGUGUGACUUUCUCUCACAGCCGAGCAAGGAAAGCUUUUGGGCCAAGCUACAAAACCAUUUCGAUUUCUCAAAUCUCGCACCCUCUUGUUAAAAUCUUUUUCUUUCUCUUGACAUUACUCUUUGUUGAGCUCCGACCGAGAUAAGUUCGAUUCUUAUGUGAGGUGACGAAGACAGAGUCUUAGCAAUCAUGUUCACGGAGGGUCUUGAUAAAAAUGGGCGUCGAUGGGUUACAGAGAAAGAAGUCCCAUUCUCCAACUCCAAUCUGAUACCUCGGAUAGAUCCCAUUACCAACAUUCGCAUUGGUGGCGGCAGGGGAUUUGGACUGCCCCCUCCAGCAAAGUUUAGAAGCGGGCAUUUGCCCUCAAAUGCCAUUCCGGUGUCUACAGCUAUACUGGGUGAUGUAGACGGGAGCGAGUCUAAUUCUGACCAUGAUAUGAGCACUGGUUCAGAGGAGGAGGUUUAUGAGAGCCGAUAUUCCCUUGAAUCGUCGCCACAAGACGAAAGGGUUCCCAGUGGUACUAUUGCUCAUAGAAACGGGAACCCAGAGCAGAGGCCGCCGCACUAUGCUAGUGAUUAUAUGUACUCUGAUGUCAGUUCGUCAAUGGAAACAGUGGUAAGGAGACAUGGGCAUGUGGCGGAGAGAAUGAGAGGAAAUGGGAGGUACCUGGUUGGGAAGUAUGGCUAUACAGAGGAUGAGUCAUCGGAUUCUGCUGCUAGCUCGGAAUUUUCAACUACCCAAGUGGGAAGUGUCAACGGUGCUGUGCCUCACACUAGAGCUUACGUUUCUGAGGGAUAUGCUUCAAGCGUGGCAUCACGGGUGAAUGUGGAAAGUGCAACCAGAAAGAAUGAAAAGUUCUCCGAUGAUGAUGAUGACGUCCCCAGUGCACCACCUAUUUGUGGUUCUGCUCAAGAAAUUAAUCAAGGUACUGAGAGAAGUCCAGUAUCAACCAAAAAUGAUCGAAAUACAUUAAAAACCACAUCCAGUGCUAAGCCGGAGAACAAUUCUGGAAAUAGGAAUCCUGAGAAAUUUGUAAGAACUACAGCCACUUCUGAAGAAGGUGCACCUUCAGGUUUAUAUCCAGCUCGCCUCCCAACAUUUCAUGCAAGUGCUCUAGGACCAUGGCAUGCUGUGAUUGCGUAUGAUGCAUGUGUGCGACUUUGUCUUCAUGCAUGGGCAAUGGAGUGCAUGGAAGCUCCGAUGUUCUUGGAAAGUGAAUGUGCUCUAUUACGUGAUGCUUUUGGAUUACGGAAAGUGCUAUUACAAUCAGAAGAUGAACUAUUAGUGAAGCACACUUCAGAGCUUGUCAGUGAGGGGGUUGCUCCAAAGCCUAAGAAAAUUAUUGGCAAGAUGAGGGUGCAAGUGCGUAAAGUGAAAAUGGCCUUGGACCCACCUACUGGCUGUAGUAUCUCGUCUUUUAGGCCACCAGCAAUCAGACUGGAGUCCCUUCAAUGUCACUGUUCUAGUUUGCAGUCAACAAUCACUUCUGGAUGGCAUGCUGUAAGAAAGAUUCGUGUUGCACCACGUCUUCCUGCAAAUGGCUCAUUUUCACGUCAGAGCUUGGCAUAUGUGCAUGCCAGUACACGGUAUAUAAAACAGGUGUCUGGACUCCUCAAAAAUGGUGUAACUACCCUACGCAACAGCCCCUCGUCAUAUGAAGCUGUGCAAGAAACAUACUCUUGUCUGUUAAGGCUGAAAAGUUCACCUGAUGAUGAUGCAAUUCGAAUGCAACCUGGAUCCGGUGAUACCCAUGUCUUCUUUCCAGAUAGUAUAGGAGAUGACCUACUACUUGAAAUCCAAGAUUCCAAGGGGAAGCAGUUUGGCCGUGUCCUUGUUCAAGUGGCUACUAUUGCUGAUGAUCCACAGGCUGACAGGCUACGCUGGUGGUCUGUUUAUUGCGAGCCAGAACAUGAAGUUGUUGGCAAGAUACAGCUGUAUAUAAACUACUCAACUAGUUCAGAUGAUAAUAGUCAUCCAAAGUGUGGCUCUGUUGCAGAAACAGUCGCAUAUGAUCUAGUUUUAGAGGUUGCUAUGAAGGUUCAGAAUUUUCAACAAAGAAACCUAUUGUUGCACGGUCCAUGGAAAUGGCUCUCAACAGAGUUUGCCUCAUACUACGGGGUUUCUGAUGUAUACACCAAGCUGAGGUAUCUUUCUUAUGUCAUGGAUGUUGCUACACCAACAGCUGACUGUCUCACAUUGGUGCAUGACUUGUUAAUGCCAGUUGUUAUGAAAGGCCACAGCAAGAACACAUUGAGUCAUCAAGAGAAUCGAAUCUUAGGAGAAACUAAGGACCAAAUUGAACAGAUACUCGCAUUAGUUUUUGAGAACUACAAAUCACUUGAUGAAUCCUUGCCCUCGGGUAUCAUGGAGGUUUUCAAGCCUGCAACUGGGCUUGCAGCACCUGUGCUGGAACCAGCUGUUAAAUUAUAUACACUUCUUCACGACAUCCUAUCUCCUGAGGCUCAAACAAUGUUAUGCCAUUAUUUCCAGGUUGCAGCAAAGAAGAGAUCAAGAAGGCUUUUGACUGAAACAGAUGAAUAUGUUGCCAACAACGGUGAAGGUGGUUUGAUGGACAGUGUUACCAUGUCUACUGCUUACCGGAAGAUGAUAUCACUGUGCAUGAACAUUAGGAAUGAGAUUUUUACUGAUAUUGAGAUCCAUAAUCAAGAUAUACUUCCUAGUUUUAUAGACCUUCCAAAUCUGUCUUCAUCCAUCUACAGCACAGAGCUUUGCAACAGAUUGCGUGCUUUCCUCAUUGCUUGCCCCCCCACGGGCCCUUCGCCUCCUGUAGCAGAACUUGUUAUUGCUACAGCAGAUUUUCAAAGGGAUGUCGCCAGCUGGAACAUCAGCCCUGUCAAAGGUGGAGUUGAUGCAAAAGAAUUGUUCCACUUGUAUAUUUUGGUGUGGAUACAAGAUAAACGGUUAUCAUUGCUUGAGUCAUGCAAAUUAGAUAAGGUAAAAUGGUCGGGAGUGAGGACCCAACAUUCUACUACUCCUUUUGUUGAUGACAUGUAUGACCGACUGAGAGAAACAUUAAGUGACUAUGAGAUCAUCAUAUGCCGAUGGCCAGAAUAUGUUUUUGGCUUGGAGAAUGCUAUUGCCGAUGUUGAAAAGGCUAUAGUGGAAGCUUUAGACAAGCAAUAUGCAGAUGUCUUAUCACCGUUGAAGGAGCAUAUGGCACCCAAGAAAUUUGGCCUGAAGUACGUUCAGAAACUUGCCAAACGUUCCGUUUGCCCCUAUACUGUUCCUGACGAGCUGGGAAUUGUACUGAAUUCCAUGAAGAGGUUGCUCGAUAUCUUGCGCCCAAAGUUAGAAGCUCAGUUCAAGUCAUGGGGUUCUUGCAUCCCUAAUGGUGGAAACUCAGUUCCUGGAGAGCGUCUUAGUGAAGUAACAGUAAUGCUGAGAGCCAAAUUCAGAAAUUAUCUGCAAGCAGUUGUGGAGAAACUUGCAGAGAAUUCAAAGUUACAGAAUGCUACAAAACUGAAAAAGAUUCUUCAAGAUUCAAAGGAGACUGUGGUGGAAUCUGAUGUACGGGGUAGAAUGCAGCCACUUAAAGAGCAGUUGACAAAUACAAUAAAUCACCUUCAUACCAUCUUUGAGACUCAUGUUUUCAUUUCACUCUGUCGCGGUUACUGGGACCGGCUGGGGCAGGAUGUUCUAAGUUUCUUGGAGAACAGGAAAGAGAACAGGUCAUGGUAUAAAGGUUCACGGAUUGCAGUUACUAUUUUGGAUGAUACCUUUGCCUCACAAAUGCAGCAGCUACUUGGAAAUACAGUUCAAGAGAAAGACCUGGAGCCGCCUAGAUCUAUCAUGGAAGUCCGUUCAAUUCUUUGCAAGGAUGUUCCCAAUCACAAGGACAACACAUAUUACUAUUAAUCCCAUGUUAGUAUGUAAAUCUGACUCAAAGAAGGGAAACAUAUCAAUUAAAAAAGCACAGGGGCUCAACAGCUCAAGUAAUCUUGGAGAUACAAGAUGUUGGGUAGAUAAUCCCAAUUGGCCCGCAGAAAACGACAUGGAUGAUGAGUCGUUUUUGUCAUCUAGAUGCAUAUGUAUAGAGUCUCACACCUGCUGAGUUUGCUAAUUUGAGGGAGCAAGCAACCUGGCUGCUCCAGAAUCAUCAGUCUGCUCUGUUUUGAGGGCUCCCUUUUUGUCUAAUUACUUUUUCCAUAUUAAAUCCUCAACCUUCUUUUUUGACAUGUAAUCUCCAUAUAUGGUAUAGUGGUUUCUUCUUCCUUAAUAUUGAUGAACUAUGUUUUAGUUUUA